CGCCGCCGCCUCCUCCUCCUCGCCGCCCGGCCCGCCGCCUGUCUCGGGGCGCUGCUGCGGCGCGGAGACGGCGGCGCGAGGGUCUCCUCCUCCUCCUGCUCUUCCUCCUCCUCCUCCUCCGGCAGUGGCGGCGGUGCCGGCAUCCCCCGUGCCGCCAGGCCGGGAACAAAGGCUCGGCGGCGGCCGCCCGAAAUGGCGUCCCUCGGCUUAGGGGGGCUGAGCGCCGCCGCCCGCAGGAAGAGCGUCCCGUCCCGCAACGCCGCGGUGGAGCGGCGGAACUUGAUCACGGUGUGCAGGUUUUCAGUCAAGACUCUGAUUGACCGUUCCUGCUUUGAGACUAUAGAUGACACUUCCCCUGAGUUUAAUAAUUUCGCAGCCAUUCUGGAACAGAUUCUAAGUCAUCGACUGAAAGGUCAAAUCACCUGGUUCGGCUAUGAAAGUCCUCGUAGUUUUUGGGACUACAUUCGAGUAGCUUGCCGAAAAGUCUCUCACAAUUGCAUCUGCAGUAUUGAGAACAUGGAGAAUGUCGGUUCUUCUAGAGCUAAGGGUCGAGCCUGGAUCAGAGUAGCACUUAUGGAAAAACAUUUGUCUGAAUAUAUUUCCACAGCUCUGAGAGACUUCAAAACAACCAGGAGAUUUUAUGAGGAUGGAGCAAUUGUUCUUGGUGAGGAAGCAAAUAUGCUUGCUGGCAUGCUGCUGGGACUCAAUGCAAUUGAUUUCAGUUUUUGUCUGAAGGGGGAGGGACUGGAUGGCAACUUUCCAGCUGUCAUAGAUUACACACCCUAUCUAAAGUUCACCCAAAGUUCUGACAGCAUCAGCAGUGAUGAAGAAGAGCUAAGAACACUGGGCAGUAGUGGCAGUGAAGGCAGUACUCCAGAGAACAUUGGUCCUCCUUUCCUCACGGAUGAAAACAGUUGGUACAACAAAUGCAAAAGGGUAGAACAGAAGUAUCGGCUUGCAUUGGAACAGAAGGGUUACCUUGAAGAACUGGUACGGCUCAGAGAAAACCAGCUAGCCGAAUCUGUCUCACAAAAUAAACUGCUGUUACAAAGAAUUGAAGAUAUGGAUCUAGCCCAUAAAAUGGAGAAGGAACAGCUGGAAUAUAUCAUUGUGGAACUGCAAGACCAGUUGACUGUGCUAAAGAAUAAUGACUUGAGAUCAAGACAAGAAUUAACUACUCACCUCACCAAUCAGUGGCCUUCCCCAGGAGCUCUGGAUGUCAAUGCUGUUGCCUUGGACACUCUACUCUAUAGAAAGCACAAUCAACAAUGGGAUGAAAAAAGUUUUCAAAGUCUGGACCAAUUUUCGGCAGAUGUUAGUCUUUCUCAAACCUCUCUGGAUCCAGGCCACUCACAAGAUGGAAAGCAGGAUGGAAUAAACUUGUUAAAUGAAGGGAAGGAGGACACUCCAUCGUUGCUUGGCCUUUGUGGCUCUCUUACUUCAGUAGCAAGCUACAAAUCUCUAACAAGUCUGAAAUCAAGUGAAUAUCUUGCAAGUCCCACAACAGAGAUGACAAGUCCAGGCUUAACACCAUCUUGAGAUGCACACGAACAGGAAGGGCUUUGUGUUAUAUGCAUUUGGUUUAUGUUCUAUAAUAUGACUUACAAUGAGACUGCUAGUUCUAAGUUAAAAAUAAGCUGCUUUAUUUAUUUUUUUCACAGUUACCGGUUUAAUUCACAAAUUCUCUUAAGUUUUCAUUCAAGUUUUUUUUUUUCUGCCAGAGGACUUUUUCAGAUUUUCUGCUUUAGUCUUGAAUUAUUUAAAACUCUCAGUCAGGUACAGGGCAUAUACUCUGAUACUUCUGGCUGAUUUUUAAAAUGAAGCAGUUGGAAAUCAGUCCCCUACUUAACUGCCAUGACCUUUGUUUCUCCUUGCAGUGGUUAACAGCCUGGCCCUACUAUAGCCAUAGUGCUUCUCUGCAGUGCUUUAAAUAUCAACUCUUGCAGAAAACACAGGGAAUCCUUAAUGCCAGUCUUUGUAGGCAAAUAAAUAUUUUACUUAAAAAUCCAUCUUUUCAUCUGUGUAUGUUGCAUAGGACCUCAAAUAGCAUAUUUAACCUAUCAAGAGCUCUUCUCAAGUUGAUUCAAUGUUAGAUUUUGCAUUCUUAUUAGCAUCAUGGCACUUACAAGAUGUCUGAAUCACACUGAAGAAUCACACUGAAAUACUCUUAGUAAUUCUUAAAGUUGCAUGAGAAUAACAAAUACAAGUUGAUCAUCUAAAUCAGUCAUACUUAGUAAUUUGUAAAUAUUGAGGAAACUCGCUAAAUUUCAAGCUUUUGAGUGACCUGGCUUACAAAUAAUACCCUAUGAGGAAUUUUUUGGCUUACUGGCCUUGCUAGAAAGAGAGGGACUAAGGAUGGUGGGGUUAGCACCUUGGGAAAUUUGGAUCGUACAUUUAUUGGCAAGAUCCCAAGGAGAGUGAAAAAGGGGAAACAAAGACAAUGUGAUGGUAUUCUCAUGUUAAAGGUUUUUCUCAUUCCUGUAGUAGUGCAAUAGGUAUUUUCCUUGAUUAGGUAAUACAGCAAAUCUUAUUUAAGUCAGUUUUCUCAAAUUAUUUGCCAUUUAUUUAAAUUACAGAUACAAAAAGCCUGCAACAUUUUUUUAAGUGAAACUAACUUUCCAGAUUACCCUACGGUUUUGAAGUUUGCAAAUUAAUUUUUGAAUUGCAAACUGUAUUCUUAAUUCUUUGUAAGAUAUAAUGGAUCCUUUAUCUAAGAAUUUUGCUAAUCAAGGUAAUGCUUCUCAAUAUGGUUAGUAACUUUUUAAAAGAAACUUAAGUGCAUGUAAGUAUGUUGUAUUUAUAAGUGCUAGGGAAAAUGCUUUUUUUGUGCCAAAGAAGUUUCAUAAAUUGUUUACAUGAGUAGCUGCAAUACAAGACAGAUUUUUAAUUGCUUACUCUCGGAUGUUUACAGUAUGUCACUACACUCUGUAUGGUUUUAGUUGAUUUGCCUCUUGUAAUGGUACCUUGGCACUACUACAAUGGUCUGGUCAUCUUAGAGUGGGCUUGAAAGAGAGAAUUCAUUCUUACCUUUACCAAAACUGCAGGAAACAUACAGCCUCUGUAAGUGUGGGGCUUCAUCUGUCUGGAACUCAAGGCACCGUUGGAUUUAGCUGCAUGAGGUUCAAGAUGCUUCGUCUCAACUCUAGUCCACAGUGCUGGAGGUUACUGCAUCCAUGACAGGGUAAAUGAAUACAGAGGCCGUUUUAAUGGAAAAGUUUAAAGCAGCUUAGCAAAUUCCACAGGCCUUGUCUUUCAAGCCCUCGUGAACCCACUCAGUUAAUUUCUCUGUAAUAAACUCUAUUAAGUCCUUUCAUACACUGUCAGAAUGUACAUUACUUCAUGUAACUGUUCUUUGGUUAUUACAUUAAGUACAUGUUCUCUCAUGGCAGUUGAGUAACGUUAUUAAAUACUAAUUUGUAAGUUAGAGUUGCAUUUUUACUACAAAUACAAUGAGGGAAUGUGGAUUCCACAAGUUAACAUCCUACAUCAAGGUGUAGUGAUUUAAUCAGUCUUGUUUGCUGUUAAACACUUCUCCCACUUCAUCAGUAUUUUGGAGGGGGCUAUUAUCAUGAUCUUUAGUCAUGUUAGCUGAUGGCUCUUUUCUUGGAGCUACUGGUGUGAAAUUCAUGUGUCAUUUAACUGAAGUCUUUUAUGUAGUCUGACACCACUGUGAGGUUCUGGGUGUCGCUUUGUGCAUGGGAAAUCAGUUGUGUGUGUCUUUCUCAGUUCUAAACAUGAAUCAUUUUUCAGAAAAA